AUGCCCUCCUCAACCCCCAAACCGCAACCCGUCGCCAUGCCAGAGGGUCUCAACCCCGACACCCUCGACACCCUAACCGAGCUCGCCGUGCUCCUCAACCGUCUCCGCAUGCCAACCAGCACCAACACCACAGGAGCCACCCCCAACGCCGCCGCCGCCUCCACACCCGCGCCCCCUCCACCACCUCCCCCUCCUCCUCCAACCUCCAACCAGCACCAACUACACCCGCACUCGCAACCGCAGACAGCGAACGGCGCGACGACUACAACGAACACGGGCGAGCUGUCCCUGAAGGAGAUCCCGCCCGCGGCCGACGUCCUGAAGCACCGGUUCCAGCGGGCGCGGGCGCUGGUGCGCGGCCUCCCGGACGUGGGACGCGGCACGCGGGAGCAGGAGGCCGAGAUCGCGGCGCUGGAGGCGCGGCUGGCGCGGCAGCGCGACAUGCUCGCGCGCCUGAGGGAGAUGGGCGCGCGGUUGGCGGUUGCGGAUGAGGAGGGGGAGGGGGAGAAGAUGGUUGUUGAUUAA